AUGUCGGUCCAACUUGACGGUGGGAAAGCAUCCCGAGAACCUGUGUCGACGCCGAAGAAGAGAAAGCAUGAUGCAGAGUCGAAAGAGCCUUCCAAGAAGAACAAGAAACAGCGCGUCGAACUCGCAGACUCUGUAACCGGAGUCGGCACACCGGCCAGCGAUGAGCUAAAGGAGAUGAAAAAGGAGAAGAAGCAGAAGAAAAGGGAAAAGAACAAACUGAUGGACCAGCGGAAUGGAAUCUCGGAAAAUGGCGGGCAGGAAGAACCUACAGUGCAUGCGGACAUCGAGCUCCCGGACGCGGUGGAAGAAGACGAAGCAGAUACUACCGAAGCUGCGGCUGCGGCCAACGAAGAUACUCCAGGGGGCGAUGAUGUUGAAGAUGUGAUUGAAGGUCUACUGGAGUCGACAGAUCCGACGUCAUUCUACUCAACACGAAUAUCUCUGUAUGUUCCAAUACCUGCGAUAUCUCUCGAAACAGCUGGCUCUUCGGUCCUUGCGAUUCACCUCGCACCGCUCAUUCUGACAUAUUUCCCCCCUGCGAAAGGCAUCGUCUUGGGAUUUGCAGACCCUGUUUUCUCAGCGAAAGCCAGUUCAGUUAUCAAUGUUCCUCUUCUCAGUCCCGGCACUGAUUCGCCGGAGUCGGAUGGAGAUGUCCUGGCUCGAACUGCUGAUGACUUUGGUGUUUCUUGGGUCUGGCUGACAGCAACACUGCUAGUGUUCCGACCUGAAAAAGGCGAUGAGCUAUACGGGUGGACCAAUGUGACCUCGGAGGGAUUUGUGGGUCUGGUCAGCUACAAUUACUUCCAGACCGCCGUGGGCGGCAGUCGAAUACCGGAGGACUGGAAAUGGAAUGGACCAACGAAAGAAGAAAUGAAACGGAAUAAAAAGAAAGGCAGAAAGGCUAAACUGGUCGGAUAUGAUCAAAAUACACGGGAUCAGGACCAGCCAGGGGAUGAGGAACAAUACACGCAAUACUCUUACGCCGGCAAUGAUCUUGGGAUCUUUACAGAUGCGAGUGGCAGUACUGUUGACGGAACGCUGAAAUUUCGGGUGGUGGAUACAGAGGUGGUGCCUGGCUAUGCCCGACAUAAAUGGUCUUUACAGAUUGAUGGGACGCUGCUGGAUGAGGAGGCUGAGAAGCGUGCGCUACUAGAAGAUCGGGCUAAAUUUGAGCGGAACCAGCAACGGAUGCAAUCACAAAUUCCAGGAGAUGGGAGGAUUGGCGCAUUGAUGAGCGGAGCAAGAGGAGUAAGUCGUGAAGGGAGCAUCAUGUCGAGACUGUCGAGGACGACGGCCACGUGA